CUGACAGACGCGCAGCCCCCCUCCUCCCCCUCUUCCUCCCCCUCCUCCUCCUCCUCCUCCGGGGCUGCGAACUACCGGCAGGUCCUCUGCAGUAGCAAAAUCCCGCACCCUGUUAUCCUUGGAGCGUCCCCAUUAGUUUCAUGCGGCGCGGAUGUCCAGAAAGUGGAGAUCCAGGACAAGGCGCAGAGGGACAGCCGGUCAGAGGGGGGGCGGACGCCGGCUCGGAGGGCGCUGCGGGCGGCCGGGGUGCUGAGGCGGACUGCGGAGCGCGGACGGGACUGCUACACUUGGCGCCUGGACACAUGGCAGAAGAUACAUCAUCGAGGAGCAGCAGGAAGGACUGAGAGUAGCAUCCAAUUUAAGGAAAUGUCCCAGCGAGAGGACACCUCCCACCGUCGUGGGUCUGUGGUCCAGUUUGAAUUAGAUGACACCAGGGAUUCCAGACCUUCAAAAGCAAAAGGCAUACCAGGUUCAGCUCUCAUCUACCUCAAAGGUCCAAAGUUUCUUAUCUAUGUCAGUGGUGCAUUGUCAAUGUGGGGUGACCGCAUGUGGCACUUUGCAAUCUCUGUGUUCUUGAUUGAGCUGUAUGGUCAUAACCUGCUGCUGACUGCGGUGUUUGGAUUGGUGGUGGCGGGAUCAGUGCUGCUGUUUGGGGCUUUGAUUGGAGACUGGGUUGAUCGAAACCCAAGGAAUAAAGGCAUGUGA